GUGUUUGUGUGUGUGUGGAGGGGGAACUUGACUGACUUGCUAGAAUUUAUUCUAAUUAGCCUUAUGUGAGAGUCCAUGCAGAAAUAAAUUAGAAAAAAUUAGAGGGAGACGUGUAAGCUUGUGGAAACAUCUCUUAAAACCCGGCUUAUGCUCUGCUUUACACGUACACACACGUCUCGGGGCUUGAAAUGCGACUUUUGCGCUGUUUUAAAUGGAAGUGUUUCUGUAGGAAGUUCAGACAAUGCAAUCAGUAGACAGCCACGUGCUCUCCAAGUUUGUAUCGCCUUUGAUAAAACAAGACGCGCAGAGCUGCUGCCUCCUGCUCACUUAAAACAGCCUCCUUAUGCAUUGCAUGUGCCAACUUUUUUCUGUGAAUAUGCCUUUGUGAGAAAACUCUCUGGCUCGUCACCCUCGCCGGGAUUCCCCGCAAUAUUUUCAACAAGAGACGAGAGAGAGAGAGAGAGAGGAGGAAAGAAAAAAAAAUCCAGCAAAAAUGGACAAAGAAAGUACUGGUACUCAAUAUGAGCCUGUGGCCGAGAUUGGAGAAGGAGCUUAUGGAAAAGUGUACAAGGCGAGAGAUUUGAAGAACGGGGGACGAUUUGUAGCCCUAAAAAGAGUUCGUGUCCAGACGGAGGAAGAAGGGAUGCCACUCUCAACAAUCCGGGAGGUGGCGGUACUGAGGCAGCUUGAAGCCUUCGAGCACCCCAAUGUUGUCAGGUUGUUUGACGUGUGUACAGUCUCUCGGACUGACCGAGAAACCAAACUCACUCUGGUCUUUGAGCACGUGGAUCAGGACCUGACCACGUACCUGGAGAAGGCCCCUGACCCUGGAGUACCACCCGAAACCAUCAAGGAUAUGAUGUACCAGCUGCUCCAGGGGCUGGACUUCCUGCACUCGCACCGUGUGGUUCACCGUGACCUGAAGCCCCAGAAUAUCCUGGUCACCAGCGGAGGACAGAUCAAACUGGCCGACUUUGGUCUAGCCCGCAUCUACAGCUUCCAGAUGGCGCUCACCUCUGUGGUGGUGACGCUGUGGUACAGAGCCCCAGAGGUGCUGCUCCAGUCCAGUUACGCCACACCAGUGGACCUGUGGAGUGUCGGCUGCAUCUUCGCUGAGAUGUUCAGGAGAAGACCGCUAUUUCGAGGAAGCUCAGAUGUUGAUCAGCUGGGAAAGAUUUUUGAUGUUGUCGGGGUACCUUCAGCAGAAGACUGGCCCCAAGAAGUGGCCCUACCACAGAGUGCCUUCACCCCCCGGCCCCCUAAGCCAAUAGAGAACUUGGUUCCAGACAUGGACGAGCAGGGACGGGCCCUCUUAAUGCAAUUCCUCGCCUUCAACCCCUCCAGGAGGAUAUCGGCCUUUGCCGCGCUGAGCCACACCUAUUUUCAAAGUGUGGACAGCCACAGUAGAAGCGUGUACGCGGCCCAGCCCAUCCCCAGCAACAAGCCCACUAUGGAGGAGAGGACUGCCUGACCGUCCUCCUUCACCCUUAAUCAUGCCAUACAGUGUCUAUAAAGAGUAUUCUGCAUACCCCACCUUGGUGUUAUUCAUGUUUUAUUGUUUUUACAGCGUUAAAUCAGAGAACAUUAAUUAACCUUUUUUGACACUGAUGUACAGAUAAAUCUUAAAUGUCAAAGUGAAAAUAAAUCUGUAGAAAUCAAUGCAACUUAAGUACAAGUAUAGUAUUGACCAACAUUUAAUAGCCUUGAGUCUAUCUGCACAUUUUAAUCAUGCAAAUCUUCUCAUUCAUUUUUGAGCGUGAUUCAACAGCAUUUUUGAAAUUCCGGCACAAAUUCUUGAUUGGAUUUAGAUCUGGAAGUGGCCAAAUAACAUCGUCUUGGAAUUUUUCCACAUUUAUUUUACCUUCUACCUUCACAAGCUCUCCUGCUUAGCAAAGACAUGCGACAUGCUACCAUCACCGGGCUUUGCAUAGCAUUUAGUUUUGUUGGGUCAAAAAGCUUAAUUUUUCUUUUCGGUGUGAUCUGACCACGGAGCCUUCAUUCACUCCCACAUGCCUCUGAGCAGAUGCAAGCUGAAUGUCAUGAGAUUUUUUUUUUUUUUUUUCAACAGUCGCUUUGUCUUUGCCAGUUGGCCAUGAAGCUAGAAAUGUACCCAAGCAGCAGUUGCUUGUAGGCACAGUUGGGGAACCUUGAACCUCCUUCAGACCCCAUUGUGGCCUUCCGCAAUGUGGCACUUCAGUACUGCUAUCUUUGCACUGGUUAAUUUGUUCAUAGUGUAGUUUAUACUGCCUGUGAGUUUAGCUAACAUCAUGAUCUGAAAUCUUGAUUACAACUUCACCAUUCUAGCUAUUAUUCAACUGUACCAGUGCUAAACAAAGUGUCAUAGUAAAGAGGGUUAAUACUUAAUUAAGAUCGAUUUCUAGAGAUUUGUUUUAAUUUCUUUGACUUUAAACGGUCAUUUGUCUGAAAAUCAGUGUCAAAAAAGCUUAAUCAAUUGUGAUUCUGUACAUAAAACAAAACAUGAACUCUACCAAGGGGGCAAAUACUUUUAUAGUCAAUGUACAAAGCUCCAGGAAAAUACUCCUAAAGCGAGAGUUAAUGUGGUGUCAAGAAAGACGACGCCAGCGCUCUCACCCCCUGAAAAAUGCACAAAAGCUAUCCUCCUUCCAUGAACUUAUGGAUUGUAAUUGCUGCUUUUAGGUUGUUAAAUGUUGAUGAUUGACUGUUAACAAUGCAAAAGAGACUUGCAUCUCAAGAUUGACUGGUAGUAGUAGUGGGCAUACGGACAGUAGAGGCCAUGGAGCAGAGGCCUCUUUAGGACCAGCGUUAAGCCUCACAGGAGCCCUCUUGACUUGAGGGGGGGACUGUACAGGAGCCUUGGUGUGGACAGCAUGGACCUCAUCUGCCUUUUACGCGUACUGUGGGUGUGUGUGCGCAGUGAGCAGAUAUACAGUACAAGCACACUCCCAGAUACGUACGCAACAUUUAGCGUGUGCACUACCACUGACAUUUAGCACGCUCAUGUACACACCUACUUAUUGAAAACGUUAUUAGGCAUCACAAGCCAGCCACUCACUGCCAUGUCGUGACUUAUCAUUCCAGUUCUUCAUGUAUUAUAUUACUGCCACCUUGAGGAUGUCCUGAGUAACUGCAAACCAGUAGCGGGCUUCUAAUGGUUUAUGCACUCUUCAAGGAAACUCAUCAUAAUGGGCUGAUACCAGUGCUGAGACAAUGAUGAAAGAACCUUAUAGAAAUGUUCCUGCCACUCACUUGGUGUUUAUGACUUGCUUCUAGUCUGCCAUCAUGGGCUUUUAUCAUUAUAAAAUACAAUUAUUAUUUACUAUCCGAAUGAUACAGUAAUGCACAGGCUUGCAAUAGGUGGAGAAAGACCCACCAGCACUAUUCAACAUGAAUACAUUUGGCACAGAAUAGUGUCGCCAAUAUUCUGUAUUUAAUUUUAAUUUUAUUGACAAGUCUUAUAUGCUUGUUUUCAUCAAGUUGUUACUUGAUUUUUUUUUUUUUUUUUUUUUUUUUUAAAGAUGCUGGGGCAUACAAUAUUCUUACACCAAUUACACCGACUCUAGAUAAUUAUAGAAUUUGUGUAAGAAUAGUUUGACAAUGUAAGGAAUGUAUAAAGGAUAGGCAUUGGUACUGUACAGUAUAGAGUGCUAAGUACAAGCUGUAACGAUUGUAACUUUUGAUACGUGCAUCGUCAGCUCAUAGAUAUGUCAUAAAAAUGGAUAGAUGUGUAGAGUUAGCGAGGGUCAGUGGAAUGUUGUAUGGCAAGACUUUUGUCUGUUGAAAUGUUGGGUGGGCUCUGUGGGUGCUUGUUGAAUUUCAAAAUGCUUUGGAUUGAGAGUGACUAAGAAUUUUUACAGUGGUUUUUUGAUAAUGAAAUAAUGCACAAAUAUGUUGUGUACAGUCUUGGCUUUAUUUUACAGUCUUGUCCCUGUUUUUUUUUUUUUUUCCGAGUCCCGUUUUUAAAAGCAAGGAAAAAGCAAGUUAUGCAGAGUUGUAUUUUUGUAUGCCGUAGUUCUUGCAGAACAGUAACAUAUUUUAACACUGGUUUACGUUUCCUUAACAGGUAGUGCUGCUAGCACACACACACAGACACACUCUCUGACUUUCUCAGGUUCUUGUUAUGGACGUCCGAACCUUUCGGACACAGUUUGCACAUCCCUGGGCUACUAACUGACCACAUCGCAACUCCUUCAGGUUUUCUUUCAAGCUGUUCCACGAUCGUGUCAUUGAUCCUAGUCUACUGUCCUAUUUAUCAAAUAUGUUACUGUAGUCAUUACUGUCUGAAGAUAACUGCCUGUAUGAACUGUUUUUGCCAGCAACUUAUAAUUGCUAGAUGGCGAACACAAUGUAGAUCCAUGUACAAUUACUCGACUAAGCACUGUGUGAAUUUUCUAUUUGAUAACGAGUCAUAUCUGGUGUCAGUGGUGCAUACAAUGCAAUGAAAGCUCCAAAUACUUUAGAUCUAGAAGUUUACAAUUAAAACAAUGACUGCUCAGUCUCAUUACACUUGAUACAAUCACUGUAUGCUUUGCUCAUGAGUUAUCCAGUUUGUAAAAACAUUUCAAUCUCAUAACACAAAACUAAAUUUCCACUGUUGAGCUUUUAGAAGUUUAGCUGUUCUUGAAACCAACGUAGCUUGGUCCAUCAUAUAACUCAAAGUACACAUAUGUUCCUGUGUCACAUUUGUUUUUAGCAUAUGGUUAUGGAGACUAGAAAAAAAAACACAAUCAUGGCAUUAUACGUAUGUAUGAAUGCUGGCAUUGGUGUCUUAUUAUUGUGUUGCACCAGUUGAAUAAAAAGCAGCUUUUUUUGUGAA